AUGAUGUCGUUGGAGCUGACUAGGGAAAACAUUAAUGCAGUCUCUCUUGAACUGGUGAAGAACAAAAGGAUGUUUGACAAGAACGUGAACUAUGUAAUGAGCUUCAUGAUCAAGGCCUUUCCAGAAAGAACUGAGCUUCUCAGCAGAAUAAAGGUCCUCAACAUCAAAUCAAAGGCUGCAAAGAAAAUAGAUCUCGAAUCAGACAUCAUGGAUCAAAUAGCAAUGAACGUCUUCGCCAUUAAAAAUAUCAAUGAGGGAAGCUUCAUGAAGAACAUGUUGACUCUAUUCAAGGAUCCAAGCUCUUUUUCAAAAGUAUUUCUGACUUAUUUCUAUUCUAACUCAAGUCUUGGAAUCGAGAAGACAGAUGAGAUCUUGGAUAAGCUUGUAGAGUUGCUACUAGAAGAAUCUAGUCUUAAGGAAAGCUUUGAGGGAUUCAUAAAUGGCAUAGGGUUUUCCGAGUACUCUGAAUCCAUAUCCUCAGAAAAAACCGAAGAAAUGGGAAAAGAGCUAGGUACAGAUGCCCAUAAAGAACUCACAUAUAAGGCAUCUAACGACGAAUCCUCAAGCACGGCGAUAUCGUUGAUCUCUUUAGAUGACUCUGAAGAAAUCAGGAGAAUUGAUACAUCUAUAUCCUUACUGUUUGAGGGAAGAAAGAAGAAGCUGUCACCAUUAUCUCUAAAAACAUGUGCCAGGGUGUUGAGUAUCAUGAACAUAAUAUUAGAAAACAAUUACCCAGGGUGUGUAGAUGUUGUUCCCGUUCUUAUGUACAUUUCAAAAAUAGACCAAGUAAUCUUUAAACGGUCGUUGUCUGCCUUGAAAACAAUACUAAAGAAGAUAAAUUACAAAGACAAAGGAAGGCUGUUUGAAAUGUUCUGUGAUUUACUGGGCCAAAACCCAAACAUGAUAAGAAUGACAAUGCUCAUUGCAAAUACCUGUGGAGAUUACUUCAGCUGGCCAGAAUUCCUUGAAAGUGUAGAUAGAAACGAAGAGGUUGAUUUAGACAUGAUUGAUAGAACCUGCAUUCCGCGACCUUCUUUCUAUGAGUUUAUAGUGCUUACUGAGAAUCCAGGAAGAUAUCUAACAACAGCUAAGAAUAUAAUUAAGAACGAAACAGACAUCCAUCUUCUCAGGGACUUGGGUGAAAAGAUUAACGAUACUGAACUAGGGGGAAUAAAGCAGAUAAAAAGUGCUAUAGAUUCCAGGAUUAAGGCCUUAAGCCAUGAAGAAUGCCCCAAAAAACAAAAAAGAUCAGGGAAAAAUCGUGAUAACUAA